AUGGACCCCAAGAACCUCGACAAGCAGCGUGAGCCAGAGGAGCCGCGCUUCCUCAGCUUUCCACAUCUGCCUGAAGGCACAAAGAAGGAGGAUGGCACACCUGCGCUGAACAGAUGGUCGUCCACCCUCACCACAGGCCACAACUUCCCAGGUGCUCAAGCUAUGCUGUACGCAGCCGGAGUUCCCAACAAGGAAGCCAUGAAGACAUACCCCCAAGUCGGUAUUGCAAGCGUGUGGUGGGAGGGCAACCCAUGCAACAAGCACUGUAGGUCUACGCUUCCGAACGAAAACACCCAAUCACUACUUGGAUUGGGCAAGGAGAUCAAGAAGCAUAUUGAGCAGGACAACAUGCUCGCGUGGCAGUACAACACCGUGGGAGUGUCGGACGGUAUCACAAUGGGUGGAGAAGGCAUGCGAUUCUCCCUCCAGACCCGCGAGAUAAUAGCAGACAGCAUUGAGACUGUCACCUGCGCCCAGCACCACGACGCCUGCAUUGCGCUGCCCGGAUGCGACAAGAACAUGCCUGGUGUGAUCAUGGCAUUUGCCCGUCACAACCGACCCUCAAUCAUGGUUUACGGCGGCUCCAUCAUGCCCGGCUACUCGGAGACGCUGAGGAGACCGAUCAACAUCUCGACAUGUUACGAGAAGCACGGUGCAUACAUCUACAAGAACCUCGAGAGUGCAGAGCCGGGCAAGUUCUCGCCAGAUGAGAUCAUGGAAGACAUUGAGAAGCACGCAUGUCCAGGAGCAGGGGCCUGUGGUGGCAUGUAUACUGCAAAUACCAUGUCCACAUCCAUCGAAGCCAUGGGACUCACCCUCCCCAACUCCUCCACAACCCCCGCCGAAUCCCCCGCAAAAAUGCGCGAAUGCGCCAAAGCCGCCGCUGCAAUCCGGGUUUGCAUGGAGAAAAACAUUACGCCGCGCAAGCUCCUCACAAGGGCGUCGUUCGAAAACGCUCUCGUCAUGAUGAUGGUCCUCGGCGGCUCGACAAACGCCGUCCUGCACUUGCUCGCCAUGGCAGGCACAGCAGACGUGCCGCUAACAAUCGACGACUUCCAGCGCGUCAGCGACAAGAUUCCGUUCCUCGCCAACCUAGCUCCAUCGGGGCAGUUCAUGGCCGCCGAUCUAUUUGAUAUUGGCGGUAUGCCGGCGGUGAUGAAGCUGCUUAUCGCAGCGGGCUUGCUCGACGGCUCCAUUCCUACUGUGACUGGAAAGACGCUCGCGGAGAACGUAGAACCCUACCCUUCCCUGCCGCAGGACCAGGUAGUCAUCCGUCCGCUCAACAACCCCAUCAAGCCUACGGGUCACAUUGAGAUCUUGAGGGGUAAUCUUGCGCCUGCUGGCGCUGUGGCGAAGAUCACCGGAAAGGAAGGGUUGAGCUUCACGGGCAAGGCGAUUGUGUUUAAUAAAGAGCAUGAGUUGGAUUCCGCACUGAAUAAGGGCGAGAUUCCGCACGGCGAGAACGUUGUAGUGGUGGUGAGGUACGAGGGGCCUAAGGGCGGGCCGGGUAUGCCCGAGCAGCUCAAAGCGAGCGCGGCGAUUAUGGGCGCAAAACUCACCAAUGUUGCGCUGAUUACGGAUGGAAGGUAUUCUGGCGCCUCCCAUGGGUUUAUCGUGGGGCAUAUGUGUCCUGAGGCGGCUGUUGGUGGGCCGAUUGCGGUGGUUAGGACGGGCGACAUGAUUACAAUUGAUGCCGAGAAGCAUCGGAUUGAUAUGCAUGUUGAUGACGAGGAGAUUGCGGAGAGGUUGAAGAGUUGGAAGGCGCCGUCUAUGCCGGUCACGAGAGGUGUACUGGCUAAGUACGCAAGGUUGGUGGGAGACGCAUCUCAUGGCGCGAUGACGGAUCUGUUCUGA